AUGAUGAAUCUUUUCUUCUUGAAAUUAGACAGACUCUUCAAAAUGCACUCAUUCAGUUUGCUACUAGGAAAGUAUUCUGCCAAGAAUGUGAAGAUUGCCUUUACUGCCAAACGGUCACCCACUUCUCUAGUCAGGUCAAAAGAAAUAGACUGGCAACCUUAUUUUACAACACGCAUUGUAGAUGAUUUUGGCACACACCUACGAGUAUUUAGAAAGGCUCAACAGAAGAUAACAGAAAAAGAUGAUCAAGUAACAGGUUCAGCAGAAGAUCUUGUAGAAACCUUCUUUGAAGUUGAAGUUGAAAUGGAGAAGGACGUUUGCCGUGAUCUAGUGUGCACUUCUCCCAAAGAUGAAGAAGGAUUCCUAAGGGAUUUGUGUGAGGUCUUAUUAUACUUAUUGCUACCUCCUGGAGAUUUCCAGAACAAGACCAUGCGAUACUUUGUCAGGGAAAUCCUUGCACAAGGAAUUCUUCUUCCAUUAAUAAAUCAACUCAGUGAUCCUGAUUAUAUUAAUCAAUAUAUCAUAUGGAUGAUCCGUGAGUCUAAUUGCAACUAUGAGGCCUUUAUGAACAUUAUUAAAUUGAGUGACAAUAUUGGAGAGCUAGAAGCAGUCAGAGAUAAGGCAAUAGAAGAAUUACAGUAUCUUCGAUCUUUAGAUACAGCUGGUGAUGAUAUCAACACUAUCAAAAAUCAAAUAAAUAGCUUAUUAUUUGUAAAGAAAGUAUGUGACUCAAGAAUACAACGGUUGCAGUCAGGCAAAGAAAUAAAUACUGUGAAACUGGCAGCAAACUUUGGGAAACUUUGCACAGUCCCUCUGGCCAGCAUCCUUGUAGACAAUGUUGCACUACAAUUUUUUAUGGAUUACAUGCAGCAAACUGGAGGUCAAGCACAUCUCUUCUUCUGGAUGACAGUGGAAGGGUACCGGGUUACAGCCCAACAACAACUACAAGUUUUAUUAAGCCGUCAGAAAGAUGGAAAACAUCAAACCAACCAAACCAAAGGUCUUUUAAGAGCAGCUGCUGUUGGAAUUUAUGACCAGUAUUUAUCAGAAAAGGCAUCUCCACGGGUUACUGUUGAUGAUUAUUUGGUAGCGAAAUUAGCAGAUACCUUGAAUCAUGAAGAUCCAACUCCUGAAAUCUUUGAUGACAUUCAAAGAAAGGUGUAUGAAUUGAUGCUACGAGAUGAAAGAUUUUAUCCUUCCUUCAGACAGAAUGCACUUUAUGUGCGCAUGUUAGCUGAGCUGGACAUGUUAAAAGAUCCUAGUUUCAGAGGAUCAGAUGAUGGUGAUGGAGAAUCUUUUAAUGGGUCUCCUACAGGAAGCAUAAAUUUGUCUUUAGAUGACCUUUCAAAUGUAUCUUCUGAUGAUUUAAUACAACUUCAUGCUUACAUUUCAGACACAGGCGUUUGUAAUGAUCAUGGCAAGACAUAUGCAUUGUAUGCCAUCACUGUGCACCGACGCAAUCUAAACAGUGAGGAGAUGUGGAAAACCUAUCGUCGUUACAGUGACUUCCAUGACUUCCACAUGAGAAUCACUGAACAGUUUGAAAAUCUGUCAAGUAUAUUGAAGCUUCCUGGGAAAAAGACUUUUAAUAAUAUGGAUAGGGAUUUUUUAGAAAAGAGAAAAAAGGAUCUUAAUGCAUAUUUGCAGUUACUAUUAACUCCUGAAAUGAUGAAAGCAUUCCCAGUUUUGGCUCACUAUGUGUAUGAUUUCCUUGAGAAUAAAGCCUACAGUAAAGGGAAGGGGGAUUUUGCUCGCAAGAUGGACACUUUUGUGAAUCCACUUCGAAAUUCUAUGAGGAAUGUUUCCAAUGCAGUUAAAUCCCUUCCUGAUAGCUUGGCAGAGGGAAUGACUAAAAUGUCAGACAACAUGGGCAGAAUGUCAGAAAGACUAGGUCAAGACAUAAAGCAAUCAUUUUUCAAGAUGCCUCCUUUAAUUCCAAAGACUGAUUCAGAUCCUGAACAUUGUCGAGUUUCAGCUCAACUUGAUGAUACUGUGGAUGACAAUAUUCCGCUUAGGGUAAUGCUGCUUCUCAUGGAUGAAGUGUUCGACUUAAAAGAGAGAAAUCAGUGGUUGCGAAGAAAUAUCAAAAACCUACUUCAACAGCUUAUUAGAGCCACAUAUGGUGAUACUAUUAAUAGAAAAAUAGUCGACCAUGUUGAUUGGAUGACCUCACCUGAGCAAGUAGCGGACUUAGUGAAACGUUUCAGAGAUGCCUUUUGGCCAAAUGGCAUUUUAGCAGAAGCUGUUCCAUGCAGAGAUAAAGCUAUCCGAAUGAGAACAAGAAUUGCAGGAAAAACUAAACUGCUUUCAAUUAUGCCAGAUGAACUGAAGCACAUUAUUGGGGCUGAGACAACACGGAAAGGUAUUCUUCGUGUUUUUGAAAUGUUUCAGCACAACCAGUUAAAUAGGAGAAUGGUUUAUGUCUUCUUGGAAGGCUUUUUGGAAACCUUAUUUCCGCAGUAUAAAUUCCGUGAACUUUUCAACAAACUGCAUUCACGGUCAAUGCAGAUGCAGAAAUAUAAACAGAAACUUCAAACAUCUCAAGCGCCUUCUUUACAGAAAAGGUGACACUCCAAUCUGUGAAGCUGGUGUUCCUUUUGUCCAGAACUAAAGUGUGGACAGAUCUUCUGGGGCUUAACUCAUAUACUGUUGUGCCUGCACCAGUCUCUUAAUGUCUCAAAUAGAUUAUUAAUACAUCCACAAAACUGUGGUAUUUUUUCAUCCUUGUCUGUAAUCCAUCACUACCAAGAGAGUUGCCGUGUCUUAAAUGAUUUGGUGCAUAUUUUUGCAACAUUGAGAGGAUACUGCCCCCAUCUCAAGCAAGAACGACAUCCAUUUUUUUCAUUUUAAAUUAAUCAGCGUUCUGCAGCAAUGACACAGUGCCAGAGUGUAUGUAUGAGAGCCAAGGAAAGCACAAAGCAACGGUUCACAGAUAUAUUCGCUAAUUAGUCUAAAGUGGGAGACUGUGCAAUGUAUGAUUUGGAGGGAUUUGUUUUGCAUAAUGAUUUUAUAGGUCUCUUGGAAUUUUGAUAAAUUGUGAGUUAGCCAGAUGAAUGAUCUUUGGAACAUCUAUUUUGGGUCUGGGGAAAGUGACAGAAUGCCCUUAAGGUAUGAAUUAACCUUAUACCCAAAUUUAUAGUUCUAUGACAUAAAAUAAAACCUAGUAUAAAAUAAAACCAAUCAGAAACAGAAUGAUUGGAUUUGUUCACUGGUAUAAAACUAGCUUUAAUUGAUUCUAAUGUGCUUUAAGGGCUCUCUUUUGCUCUUACAGUACUCAAUCCACGUUUUCUUUUGGUAUUCUGUAUGCAAAAAAAAAAGCAUAUGGUGGCUCUCACUUAAGUUUCAAAAUUAUUGCAGUUUUCUUUACCUUUAAGAGAUUACAGUUAUAAAGUAGGGGUAUAAUUUGUUGAAAGACUGCCAAAAAAUUCUGUCCUUCUAAAAUUAAUGAAAAUGUGAAAGGAAACAGCACUCUUUUGAAAGUUACCAUUUGAUAAUUUUAAAUUGUGUGAUCUAGACAUACCUUAGGUGAUUUUAAAAAUAUCAAAUAAAAGGAUUAAAUGAGUUUAUUAGUCAUAUAAACAUACAAAUUCCUAAUUCUAUUAUAGUGUACAUAUAUGAAUAUAAUGAAAAACAGAACUAUAAUAUUUUUUAAAAUAUGCUUUUAUUUAUAUUUUGCAUAAUGUAAAAUUCUACUAAGUAAAGCAAGUUGACAAAACCCCUCAGUGUAUACAUUUAAGUCCCUCAAAUAAUUUUAUACCAACAAUAAAGUACCUUUUCCAGUUUUGGAGCCUCUGCAUUUCCCACAGUUUUCUCCUCCUCCUCGUGUCCAUCUUGGAAGUCUCUCUAUCCUUUGUAUGCAGGAUUUCUGCAUAGUUUUAAACACUUCCACUGACUAAGGGUUUGAGUGUGUCAGCAUUUUUUGUUUUAAAAAUAUUUAACACUAAAACCUUAAAAUAGUGAAGCUACUUAUUGGGCCACUGAGCCAAGAUCCUGGUAUUAAAAGAACACCCGGGUGCUUAAGAUAGAGGGACAAAGUAUUGGUAUCCCAGUUAUUUGGGAGCUUUGAGAAUGGAACAAGAUAUUAUCGUCUUGUUUUCACUGAGGUCCUACUUAAAGAGUGAAGCCUAAUAGCAGAAUAAAGCCUUCCUGUAAAGCUUUAUAAUAAUAAUAAUCGUAUUUAUAUUAAUGAUGCUGGUGUGCAUACUUGUAUGCAUCUAUUCAUCGUGUUUUGCAUGUCUUCAGAAUUACAUAAAUGAAAUCCCUUUCAUUGCAACUUAACAAAAGAGAAAAAGAUCCUUAUUAACUCUAGUGGAAGAAAUAAUAUUUCUUCUCGGUGUAUCUCCCUGCCCUGGUCCCUCCCCAUACCCCAGGCUUUAAAAAUGAGGCUGUUUGAAACAUGUCUGUCAAAAGCAUCAGCAUGGCCACAAGUGCAAUGAUUUUCAAAUAUACCCCUGCCCAGUUCAAGGAUAUUUUUGACAUAAAUCUAAGGGUAAACAAGAAUUCAUGUAAGUCUAGUGUGUACAUGUGAAAAAACAUUUCUAGAUAAUGCGAGGAGCGCUGGCCAUCAACCAGGGAAAGAAAUGUCAUGCAAGACUGCAAAUUUUCUUAACAGAGCCCUGCAAGAUAACUGCAUUAUACCAAAAAAAUGUUUGAGUAAAUGGGUUUUUAAAAUAAUUUUUGUUAAGAGAGUUUAUAUUUCAAAAGCAGGAAUGUCAAAUGGUAGUCUAUGUAAACAGUUGUGCAUCUUCUCCAUGCACAUCUAUCCUUUACAUCAGAGAGAGCUGUGGUCAUGCUAAAAUUAGAGAUAUUCUUUGAAUGACUUGGUCAAGCUGGGUGUAAAAUAUUUAACCCAUAAGUACAAUGUACUAUGUUUAAUGAAGUUAUUACAUUUAAUGCAUUUAUUGCAUAUAUGAAUAUACAUGAAGAGGCUUUAUGUCUUCUGAUAUUUGAUUUUUGAAUGUUUGUUAAGUCAGUGGUGCCUGCAGGCAAAAGUCAUAAAAGUUAAUCAUUCUUUGGGUUUUCUGAUUUUUCAGGUAACAAACUAUUUAGAAACCAUCAUUAUUAACUUUUAAUAGUUUAUUCACCUAAAAAAAAUUGAUUGUAUGAUUUAAAUAUAGCAGUUAGACGGGCAUUUCCUAUAAUUUGGGUGUACUGAAUAGUUGCUGAAAACAAUUGUGCCAUUGACCAGUGGAUGCACUUGGUUAGCCUUAAUUUUUUUUAAACAAACAUUAAAACUUUUUUUCUAUUUCAGUUUGCUCAUUUUAAGUUGUAUUGCUGGUGUUUGGGGAAAACAAUUAAACAGUUAAGUGCUACCAGAAAGUGUACCAAUUUUUAAAAAACUAAGAACAAUAUAAAUUUCACAAUCUAAAAUUUUAAUUUUGUGCAAUAUUUUCAUUUAAUGCAUGUGUAUUUGAGUAAUUGUAAAAUAAAUGAAUUUUUAAUGUUUUGAGAUCUAAAUUAAUGUCUUCUUAACCCAACAACUUACAUUCCGUUGUUGCUGCAUCCUUUUAUUUAAGGACUUGUUUUAAAAGUCUUUUUGUCACUCCUUGUAAAUUCUUUUGUUAAUAGUAAAUUUUGCUUAUAGGAGCAUGGCUCCUGUAUUACAAGGGAAAAAUAUAAAGAGCACAUCUUAGGAUUAUAAUUGUUAAAAGAUAACUUGUGCAUAUCAUUGUACAGCAAGUGUCAACUGUGUGCCUAACUACUCUAUCAAUACUUUCCUUCUUUAACAAAGAAGAAACAACAAUCAGAAUGUCAGUUAUUUUUAUUGAACUAAAAAGAAGAGUAAAAAUUUUAUUUGGUUUGUGUUAUGUUCUGUCCAUUAGAAAAUACUAAUAAAGUAUUAACAAACUUU